AUGGUUCGGUCAACGCAGUUCUCAAUCCUCCUCCUCCUCCUCCUCUCUGCGACCAGCGUCUGUGGCUCGCUGUCAUCCAACAUCGUCCCCUCCGGUGAAGAGCCGCUGGUCGCUAUCUUGACUGCCGGUGGACUUGCGCCAUGCCUGUCGUCAGCGAUUGGAUUCUUGAUUGAGGAAUACACCUUGUACGAUCCCCAAAUCGAAAUCAUUUGCUACAUCGACGGAUACAAGGGACUUCUGAAAGGCGAGUACCUCGUUGUUGGGCCGGAAGAGAGAAAGCUUGCUUCCAUCCUCACAUAUCACGGUGGAUCCAGCAUCGGAAACAGCAGGGUGAAGCUUACCAACAUCAAGGACUGCCUGCAAAGAGGCUUGGUCAAAGAGGGAGAAGACCCGCAGAAAGUCGCUGCCGAGCAGCUCGUGAAAGAUGGCGUCUCAGUUUUGCACACCAUUGGAGGAGAUGACACCAACACUGCUGCUGCGGAUCUUGCGGCUUUCUUGAAGAGGAACAACUACGAGCUUACGGUGGUUGGGCUACCCAAGACCAUCGACAAUGACGUUUAUCCCAUCCGUCUUUCCCUCGGAGCAUGGACGGCGGCUCAACAAGGAGCUUUGUACUUCCGAAACAUCGUGAACGAGCACAGUGCAAACCCCAGGAUGCUCAUUGUUCAUGAAGUGAUGGGGAGACACUGCGGGUGGUUGACGGCAGCCACUGCCAAGUGCUACCGGGAUGACUUGAAGGCUCAGCGCAUGCUCCCCGGAUGUGGUUUGCACUUUGAAAGGCUGGACGUUCAUGGAAUUUAUAUCCCCGAGCUCUCCAUUGACAUUGCUGCCGAGUCAAAGCGUCUCAAGCAAGUGAUGGACAGACUCGGCAAUGUCAACAUCUUCAUCUCCGAAGGAGCUGGUGUCGAUGACAUCAUCAAGCAGAUGGAGGAGGCUGGACAGGAGGUUCCGCGAGACGCGUUCGGCCACCCUAAGCUCGAUGCUGUGAACCCAGGAAAGUACUUUGCGGACAAGUUUGCCAAGGAGCUCGGAGCCGAGAAGACCAUGGUUCAGAAGAGCGGAUACUUCGCCCGCUCGGCAGCACCCAACGACCAGGAUCUCGCGCUGAUCAAGGACUGUGCACUCAAGGCUGUUGAGUGUGCCAUGCUCGGACAGGGCGGAGUGAUCGGCCAUGAUGAAGAGACGCCCAACCUCGAGCUCAGGGCCUGCGAGUUCAACCGGAUCGCUGGUGGAAAGCCGUUCAAUGUGGAUGAGGGAUGGUUCAAGUCCAUGCUCACGGAUAUUCGCAAGAAGGUCGAUCUUAAGCAAUGA